CAGAGUUCCUCUGGACUUUACUGAGAACACAUCAAACAGCGGUGGUACUGGUAUAAACUAGGAUGGAUUUGAAACUGUUCGCAGGCGUGGCUACGCUUAUGUUAAUAGCACACGCACCAGAAUCUGAAGGAAAGCCCAUCAGCCUGGUGGAGAGAUGUUACUGCCGCUCCACAGUCAACAGCCUCCCCAGAUCCUUCAUCCGGGAGCUGCGGUUUAUCCAGACGCCUAACUGCCCCUUCCAAGUGGUCGCAAAGUUGAAGACAAACAAAGAGGUGUGCGUGAACCCAGAAAUCAGGUGGCUGCAGCAGUACCUGAAGAACGCUAUCAACAAGAUGAAAAAAUCCAAGGAGGCCGUCUAACCCUGUUGUGAACCCAUGUCUUUGCCCUGGGCUGGAGGCACCAUCACAAUAAUGAAGCCUGUUUAUUCAUGAGAUCAUCUGUUAUAUAUAUUAUACAGCACUUAUUAUUAUAUUCUGGCUGUGAUACUGAUUUGUGGAUAACUAACCUACAAAUCAUCAUCAUUAUGUCACCUGGCUAUCAAGACUGUGGGCACUAUCACCACAUAAAGAUAUGACAUUAUUAGUGCAAUUAUAUGAGUGUAUGUUGUUUUAUAAUGUUACUGUAUAUAGAUUUUGUCUAUGGACUUCACCAGUAAAGAGCUAUUUUUGAUAUGUCCUUGUUCUGGCCUCUAUCAUUAAGGAGCGAUGGUGCAGUAAGGUUAUCGUAGGUCAUGAUGAUAGUGGUUAUCCCUGCAGUUCACUGAGCCAGGAAAAAUCAUUUUAAAAAUCAUUAUUGUCUUGCAUUUGUUACAAUAAGAAGUUGAUUGUUUACACAGACAUUCUGAGUUAGGUUCUUCAUGUUUUGAGUUAAUUGGCAUCUUGGAAAACUUGCGGCUGCCUGCUAACUUUAGCCUGAUUGUCAGAGGUGUACACAGACUCUAGUAAAAAUUACAAUUACAAUGUUUUGUGAUGGAAAUUUGGAUGCUAAGAAAGUUGGGGCAUUUCCUGAGCUGGUCUUGUGGCUUGGAGUGAGCUGGCCCUGUUACCGAACGCAUAUAAAGAGCGAACAUCUGGAUCACUAAGGAUUUUAAUUGAGCUGCCAAUAUAUAGAAAUUUACUGGAAGUGUAAAAAUGGUCAGCUGAGCAAGAAUAAUCACAUUGGUGCAAAUGAAUUUACGCCAAAACUAUAAAAGGAAGUUGUAACACAGUUAGCCACAGAAUUCACUACCACACUAUCAUUCACUUGUACAUACCUACUGUCAUGCAGAUAGCAAUGCACUUUAUAUGUGAUGUAUUCUUGUUCUAACUCAUUGUGUAAUUAAACUCUUUGUCUUUUAUCCAUAUGUAAUCUCAUUUAUGUUCUUGAAUGUGAAGUCGCUGUGUUAAGAAAUGUCACCAGUUCAUUCUAAUCAUCGGUGCAUUGCAUGUAAAUUUAAAAUUAUCUAAAUGAUUAUUUUUGUACUCUAUUGCAUUGUAUGGAAUCAAAACAUUAAAAUUAAGAAAAAGUA